CACUACGUGGCAUUUUCCAACUUCCAGUGAACCUGUCCAAGGGAGGCUGUUUUUCUAGACCGUGGUAUUUACACGUUGUUCAAUUUCCGCUGGAGGUAAAUACUUAUAGUGUUUUAAAAUAUCACGUGUAAGCUUUUUAAACCUCAAAUACUGAAUCAAGAUGAGAGUGUUUGGAAGCACUGAUUUACGGUACUCAAUGGCUACCUAUCAAGAAUUCAUCCAACAAAAUGAGGACAGAGAUGGCGUGAGAUUCAGCUGGAAUGUUUGGCCAUCCAGUCGUAUAGAGGCCACUCGAAUGGUUGUUCCUCUCGGCUGUUUGUUUACUCCACUCAAAGAGCGACCUGACCUUCCACCAAUCCAGUAUGACCCAGUUCUCUGUACCAGACCGACAUGCCGAGCCAUCCUCAAUCCAUUUUGUCAAGUGGACUACAGAGCUAAAGUCUGGGCCUGUAACUUCUGCUUCCAGAGAAAUCCGUUUCCUCCCCAGUAUGCAGCCAUUUCAGAUCAGCACCAACCAGCUGAGAUCAUUCCACAGUUCUCUACCCUGGAAUACACAAUCACAAGAGCAACGUGUCAUCCUCCGGUAUUCCUAAUUGUUCUGGACACAUGUAUGGAUGAGGAAGAUUUGCAAGCUGUCAAGGAAUCCCUACAAAUGUCUUUGAGCUUGCUGCCCCCAAAUGCCCUUAUCGGUUUGAUCACUUAUGGAAAAAUGGUACAAGUUCAUGAGCUCGGCUGUGAAGGCUGUUCCAAAAGCUAUGUAUUCAGAGGAACCAAAGAUUUAACAGCUAAACAGAUUCAGGAAAUGUUGGGUUUACAAAAAGGUGGUGCAACACAGCAACAAAGAGGUCCGCAGCAACAGCAGCAGCUGCCCUCCAACAGGUUUUUACAACCAGUUCACAAGUGUGACAUGAACUUAACUGACUUGCUAGGGGAGUUGCAGAGAGAUCCAUGGCCUGUGGCCCAGGGAAAGAGGCCUCUUAGGUCCACAGGGGUAGCCUUGUCUAUAGCUGUUGGUCUGUUAGAAUGCACAUUUCCCAAUACUGGGGCAAGGAUCAUGCUUUUUGCGGGUGGACCUUGCACGCAGGGUCCUGGUAUGGUUGUAGACGAUGAGCUGAAAAAUCCCAUCAGAAAACAUUUGGACAUUGAAAAAGACAAUGUCAAGUACAUGAAGAAAGCCAUGAAGCAUUAUGAAAUGUUAGCCAAUCGGUCUGCAAAGAACGGUCAUGUGGUGGAUAUAUAUGCCUGUGCACUGGAUCAGACAGGGCUACAUGAAAUAAAGUUCUGUCCAAGAUACACAGGAGGCCACAUGGUGAUGGGGGACUCCUUCAAUACUUCUCUGUUUAAACAGACAUUCCAGAGGGUGUUCUCCAAAGAUGCCAAGGGAGAGUUCAAGAUGGGAUUUGGUGCCACAGUAGAGAUUAAGACAUCACGAGAGCUGAAGGUUUCUGGUGCUAUUGGACCAUGUGUGUCCCUUGGGGUGAAGGGAUCAUGUGUGUCUGACACAGAGAUGGGCCUUGGGGGCACCUGCCAGUGGAAAUUGUGUGGUCUCUAUCCUAACACCACCCUUGCUUUUGUAUUUGAAGUUGUUAGUCAGCACAAUGCACCAAUUCCGCAGGGUGGGCGAGGUUACCUCCAGUUCAUCACACAGUACCAACACUCUAGUGGUCAACGACGGGUCAGGGUCACAACUCUAGCCAGGAAUUGGGCAGAUGCAAGCACAAACAUUCAGCACAUUGCAGCAGGGUUUGAUCAGGAGGCAGCUGCUGUAUUAAUGGCUAGGACGGCUGUAUUCCGUGCGGAGACAGAUGAUGGCCCAGAUGUUCUUCGUUGGUUGGACAGGAUGUUGAUAAGGCUGUGUCAGAAGUUUGGUGACUACCACAAGGAUGAUCCUAACUCAUUCCGAUUCACAGAAAAUUUCUCCCUGUACCCACAGUUCAUGUUUCAUUUAAGACGGUCACAGUUUUUACAAGUAUUCAACAACAGUCCUGAUGAAACCUCAUACUACAGACACAUGUUGAAUGUUGAGGAUCUCACUCAGUCUCUGAUCAUGAUUCAGCCAAUUCUGUAUGCCUACUCAUUUAAUGGAACUCCGGAACCUGUUCUCCUGGACACCAGUAGUAUACAGCCAGACCGCAUCCUCCUUAUGGACACGUUCUUCCAGAUUGUAUUAUAUCAUGGGGAGACAAUCGCUCUGUGGCGAAAACAGGGGUAUCAUGAACAACCUGAAUAUGAGAAUUUCAAACAGCUUCUGAAUGCUCCAGUGGAUGAUGCCCAGGAAAUCCUACAGACGAGAUUCCCAAUGCCGCGAUAUAUUGACACAGAACAUGAUGGCUCACAAUCUCGAUUCUUACUGUCCCGAGUUAAUCCAUCACAGACCCACAACAACAUGUAUGGAUUUGGACAGCAGUCAUCUGGAAUGAUUGUAACAUCAUCAGAUACCUAUCAGGAUGGUGGUGCAGCGGUGCUGACAGAUGACGUUAGUUUGCAGGUUUUUAUGGAACACUUAAAGAAAUUGGCCGUGUCCAGUUCCUCAUGAUACUGACCAGUACUUAACUGAUAGUGACCAACACACAGAUGAUAAAGAUCCACAGGAUGGGCGUUGUGACUGGAGACUCUAACGAUACCAUGUGCCAAGUACAGACAGGACUUCUGACACAAACUGAACAAUUGUGGGAUUUAUUUUCAUCGUAAAAACUAAAUUGUUUAUUUCUAUGAAGUUUUACAUUUGGUAAUGCUUUCAUCUCAUCCAUUGUUGUGCGAUUUUUGGUACCUGGUUGUAUGGAUGUGGAUGAGUUACUAACUUAGGACUGCAAGGUGCCCCUAGCAUGAACCUACGGUAGGAUUGCAAGGUGCCCCUCACCAUUUGUGAUUUAGUGUUGUUAUGAUAGUGCUAUUUAUUACAUGCAUUGUUGUAAAUGGUUAAUAAAAUGGAAAAAGUAUAAAAA